AAAGAGGAGAGUUAGGAGGGUAAUGAUUGCCAUCCUGCAGCAAUUUCCCUGUGUCAUGGCUCCUGUUUCCUAGCAACAGCACCGAGUCCGGCCAGCACAGCAGCAGCUGCUGCCUGAGCACCAUUCAAGAGCAGCAGCAGCAGAAAGCAGCAACUCCGCCAGGCUGGCGAAGCCACCGGCAGCCACCACCACAGGCAGGAGGAGGAGGCGGCGGCGCCUGCCUCUGGCCGGGGGGGACGCGUAACGCCCGCGGGGAAGGAUGAAGCAUGGAGCCGGCUCCGCACUUCUAGGAAACUCCUGGGGAUGGCUCCGUCCGCGGGAGCCGAGGCGGCUGACAGGAGCCGGGCGAUCGCUGCCGCUUUCUUGCCCGGGAUUAUGAGCCCGCGCCAGCGGAAGGCUCCGGAGGGGCUGUGCCCGCGCUGAGAUGCCCGCUCGGGCUGGAAAGUUUCUCCAUGGUGUCUUCAUGGUGCCGCAGCUCCUGGCGGCCAGCGUGGAUUCCCCCCCAGCCUGCCUGGGCAGCUGUCCAGAUGAUGUACCCAUACCGUAAGCAGAAGAGGAUGGGUUUCUGUAUCACUGCAGCUAAAAUACGAAGGAAAUGAUCUGGAAGAAGCUUUCAAAAGGAGCCGGAGCUGCUCCAGGGAGCUGUGCCCUGGGGAGCCAGCCAUGAUCGCCACUGGAGGCCUCCUGCGGAUCUCGGCCAGGAAACAGGACCCGCUGCGCCCCCAGAGCCAGGCCCCCAAGCGCAAACGCAAGGCCAAAAGGAAGCGCAAGAACGACGUGGUGGUGGUGAAGGGCAAGCUCAAGCUGUGCUCCCUCUCGGGGCUCAUCGCCCUCUGCGGCAUCCUGGUGCUGCUGGUGGGCAUCGCCCUGGCCGUGGUGGGCUACUGGCCCAAGCCCAGCCCCGCCUACCGCGAGGGCAGCUUCGGGGGGAGCAGACACCUGCCGGCGCAGGGCGGCGCCGCCAAAAACCGCUCCAGGGGCCAGCCGGGGGCGCACGGGGGAUCCCACCCGGACACCCCUCGGGCCAACGCCUCCUCCAGCAGCCGGGGCGCCCCCCGCGCCGCGCCGGCCCCUGUCUCGGCGGGGUUUCUCUUCCAGCUCUUCUCGGGCUACCUGCACUCGGACAAGCUCAAGGUGCUGGGGCCCCUCAUCAUGGGCAUCGGCAUCUUCCUCUUCAUCUGCGCCAACGCCGUGCUGCACGAGAACCGCGACCGCAAGACCAAGGUCAUCAACCUGCGGGACCUCUACUCCACCGUCAUCGACGCGCACAGCCUGCGGGCCAAGGAGGCCGGGGGCCCGGCCGCCGCCCCGCUCAAUGGCUUCGUCAGCUACGUGCAGGCCCGCGGGCUGGGCGGCGGGGAAGCCCUGGGCGCCGCGGCCCGGCUGGCCCAGAGCUCCUGGCCCCCGGCCCUGGGCGCCCCGCUCUCCCGCUGCGCCUCCUUCUCCGCCUCCCCGCCCAGCCUGGCCGAGGCCGUCUACAGCAUCUACCGGGAGCGAGCCGCCCUGGCCGCCCGCCCGCCGGGCCCCGCCACCCCGCCCUGCAGCCCCGCCAGCUCCCUGGUGGGCUCCUCGCUCAGCGCCUUCACCCUGCUGCCCCUGGCCCAGGCCGAGGGGGCGGGCGGCUGGAGGCGGCCGUCCGGAGAGCCCAGGGCUGGGGCGAGCCUGCGGGGCGAGCUCGAGCUGAGCCUGAGCGAGCUCCGCGGUAGCAGCCCCCCGGGACGCAGGCCCAAGCGAGUACUGAGGCGCCAGAGCACCAGCUGCCUACCGGACACCAGGCGGCCCCUCUCCCCUGGUCCCCCCCAGACUCGGGCUCCCCGCAGGGAGCGAGACUCCAGCCUUCUAACCAAGGCUGCUUCUUCCACCUACUCCAAAUCCCUGGAUCUGGACGGUUCGCCUCCCUGCACUCCGCCUGCGGCCAGUAGAGGCUCCCAGGCCGAGCCAUCCUGCAGCAAUAAGGGCUACACCCCCGUGGAGGAGGCAGGCACCUCCUUGGAGUCUAUUGCCAACACCCCAGCCAGUAAAACCCAAGACUGUGAGGAGGACCUACAAGGGGAGACCUGCCCCCUAGCGGGAGCCAGCACAGAAAAAACAGUGGCGCAACCUCAGCAACUUCAGAGACGAUAUACAAAUAAAGAAAAGCUCUUCAUGAUUUCCAGAUCGCACGCCACUGCGGAGCUGGAGGGUGGGGAACUAGAAAGCACAGGCGUUUGAACAAAGUAUCAGGACAAGCCCUCUGCCUCCUUGUUGGAUGGCACCCGGUCACUAUCCAAAGAGCUGCAGUAUGUUAUCCUUGAAUUGCAUUCAAUAAAUUCCCGUUGAUGACACCAGGAAACAACAACAACAAAUCUUUCUGUCCGAUUGUGAUUGUAUGUUUCAUGCAAUGCAAAUUGUAUUAAAUAUCAAUAGUCCAACAAGUUCUUCAGAGCAAAUGAAUACAAUUUUGGACAAUCGUGCACUUUAUAGUUUUUUUUCUAAGUGCCCCCCCCCCCCCCCCCU